AUGGAUCCCCUCAAUCUGUCCUGGUACGAUGAGGAUCUGGAGAGGCAGAACUGGAGCCGGCCCUUGAACGGGUCGGAAGGAAGGGGGGACAGGCCCCACUACAACUACUACGCCAUGCUGCUCACGCUGCUCAUCUUCGUCAUCGUCUUCGGCAACGUGCUCGUGUGCAUGGCCGUGUCCCGUGAGAAGGCGCUGCAGACCACCACCAACUACCUGAUCGUCAGCCUCGCCGUGGCCGACCUCCUCGUCGCCACGCUCGUCAUGCCCUGGGUUGUCUACCUGGAGGUGGUGGGCGAGUGGAAAUUCAGCAGGGUUCACUGUGACAUCUUUGUCACGCUGGACGUCAUGAUGUGCACAGCAAGCAUCCUGAACCUCUGUGCCAUCAGCAUCGACAGGUACACAGCUGUGGCUAUGCCUAUGCUGUACAACACACGCUACAGCUCUAAGCGCCGAGUCACCGUCAUGAUCGCUAUCGUUUGGGUCCUGUCCCUCACCAUCUCCUGUCCGCUGCUCUUUGGCCUCAACAAAACGGACCAGAAUGAGUGCAUCAUCGCCAACCCCGCCUUUGUGGUCUACUCCUCCAUCGUCUCCUUCUACGUGCCCUUCAUCGUCACCCUGCUCGUCUACAUCAAGAUCUACAUUGUCCUGCGCAAGCGCCGCAAGAGGGUCAACACCAAGCGCAGCAGCCGAGCCUUCAGGGCCAACCUGAGGGCCCCGCUCAAGGAGGCUGCCCGCCGAGCCCAGGAGCUGGAGAUGGAGAUGCUGUCCAGCACCAGCCCACCCGAGAGGACCCGGUACAGCCCCAUCCCGCCCAGCCACCACCAGCUGACCCUCCCUGACCCGUCCCACCACGGCCUCCACAGCACCCCCGACAGCCCUGCCAAACCGGAGAAGAAUGGGCACGCCAAAGACCACCCCAAGAUUGCCAAGAUCUUUGAGAUCCAGACCAUGCCCAAUGGCAAAACGCGGACCUCGCUCAAGACCAUGAGCCGCAGGAAGCUCUCCCAGCAGAAGGAGAAGAAAGCCACCCAGAUGCUCGCCAUCGUUCUCGGCGUGUUCAUCAUCUGCUGGCUGCCCUUCUUCAUCACCCACAUCCUGAACAUACACUGUGACUGCAACAUCCCGCCCGUCCUGUACAGCGCCUUCACGUGGCUGGGCUACGUCAACAGCGCCGUGAACCCCAUCAUCUACACCACCUUCAACAUCGAGUUCCGCAAGGCCUUCAUGAAGAUCCUACACUGCUGA